AUGCUCAGCACGCCGGUGCUUACCAGCAUCAACGGCCGCUUCUACUCCGACGCCUCCGUGCCCGGCCUGGUGUCCUUUGCGCCCGGCUGCGUGGACAGCCUGGCGCGGGCCAGCAUCAAGUACUGGAGCGUGGCGCCCACCUCCCCAGGCGCCAACGUCACUGUCGCGCCAAUCUCCACGCUGGUGGAGCCGUACCGCCGCCUGCGGUGUAACGCGGGGCCGGAGGGCUGCAGGGCACUGGGCGACGACAGCGCGUUUGACGACGUGUUUGAGUUGUUUGGCUUCCCGGCACAGGACGGCGUGAGCUUCAGGAGCUGGCAGGGCAUUGUCAUGGGCACGCGCUUCGGAGUUUCAAUUUAUGUGCUCAACCAGCGCAUCGCAUCGGUCCUCACCGCCGCGUCUGAGGUUGCCAACACAUUGUGUGAGGGCUUUGCGACCUCGGAUAAUCUGCACGUGCAGCUGUCUGCCCAGGCCGCGCUGCUGGACGUGGUGCGAGCCAAGGCGACCCCUGCGGCCCGCCUCGAGGCGCUGUCCAGCCCUGACGACAUCGCGGCCGUAAUCUCCCGCACCCUGGACAACCUGCGCGCCCCCGAGGCUGGGCUGACCUGCCGGGCGCUGGACGCGCAGGACCGCGCGGCGCUGCUGCCCGUGAUUGCAAAGGGCCCUGCGUUUAUUAAUGCGGCCCUGGCCCUGCUGCCCAGCAACACCACCGCCAAGGACGCCGUCAAGAUAAGCGCCAAGGGCAAGGCGGACAAGUCCACGUGCGCGUUCCGCGGCCUGGAGGUCACCGCCGCCGCCGCCUCACUCGCGUCUGUCGCAUUCAGCGACGUCUCCAACGCGGUCCAGGGCGUGCUGGCCGAUUACCUCAACACGGGCAGCUUCUCGGAGAAGGCCGUCGUGCUCAAGGGCGUCACCACCACCAUCGACCGUGAGUUUGGCACCGCCAAGAAGCUGAGCCACAAGGCCGACGACAAGAGCAUCCGCGCCAAGAAGGCGGUCGGGGACCUGAAGGAGGCCGGCCUCGAGGUCGUCGCGUGCGCGGCGGGCGGCGCCGGGCUGCUGGGGCUGCUGGGCCUCCUGGGUCUCCUUGGCCUCAUCGGCAUCGUGCCGGCGGGCGUCGUGUCGGCGGGCAUCCUGGCCGCGCUGCCGCCCGGCAUCGUGUUUGUGGUGCCGGGCCUGGCGCUCAUCCCCUUUGGCACCGUGCUGUCCGACGAGCUGAUCAACCUCGUGUUCCCCAACGGCGGCACCAAGUACAACUUCCCCGGCUCCUGCACCCUGGGCCUCCCGCCAGCCCCCAAGAACCUGACCGGCACGCUGCCCGACUACGUCAUCAACAUGCUGCCCCCCAAGAUCUGCCUGCCCCCGGGGGCGCUCUGGUACGUUGGGGAGCUGCCCUACUUCAUCAACGCCCCCGAGUUCAACUGGCCCAACAAGACCGUCAUCAUCCCGCCGUCCACCAUCAUCCUGCCGCCCGGCGAUUACGAGAGCCCCGCCAUCGGCAGCAAUGACACCGUCUGGUACCCGACCAACGACACGGCGGUGCCCGACGACAGCGGCCCAGUUGCGGUGGUCGACCCCGGCUCGGACGGCGGCGGGACCGUUGUCGUACAGCAGCCGGUGGAGGGCGACUCGGAGCCCGCGGCCCCGGCGCCCGCGCCGCCGGCAGAGGAGCCGCAGGCAGCACCAGAGUCGCCGCCCCCGGCUGUGGUGGCACCGGCGGCGGGCGGACGUCGCGGCGAGAGCAGCCCUGGCGGCCAUGGCGGUAGCCCGUACCUGCUGGAGGGCCCUCCACCUGGCUCCUGCCCGGGCACGACCCUGGACGCCAUCCCUCCGCUGGCCGCGGCUCCUGGCGCACCCCUGCCCACCAUCCGCCAGCUGUUUGGCUCAAUCCAUGGCAUCGGCUACGUUGGCUUCUGCGCGGGUGACUACUACUACCUGCGCCGCAUGGACCCAGCCGACAAGGACGUGGCCGGGCAGCUGCUCAACAAAGACCGCACGUUUGGCACACCCUACAAGGACUUCAUCACUGGCCCCUCCCAGUUCUCCACAUAUGGAUACUUUGGCGUGGACCAGGUCACGGGCGAGGGUUACUCACUCGCGUCCAAUGCCUGGGCGGACUCCCCCGAGCAGCCGACAGGCAACCACUGCAUCGACACCUGGACCACUGCGCCCAUCAGCGUCCCCGUCUCGGGCCUCACGCCGUACCCCGCCGACAGCAGGGGCCAGCCUGACUGGGCAGCGCAGGUCGUCAUCACACCCGUGGCAAUGCUCACGCUGGGCGACACGUCCUCAGCAAGCGUGCCCCAGAAGUACGACGCCGCGUAUGCCAGCGUAAACGUCAAAGCGAACGGUGGCGCAUAUGGCGCGGGCAUGGUCAACUCUGACCCGCUGCUGAUGCUGCAGACUGGCGACCCCGUCAAGAUUGGCGUAGCGGUUGGUUCGCUGGUGGCCAGCGCCAAGGUGCUCGACACGCUGUCGCUGGCGCGUGCGCUGUACGAGUGCCGUGAGGGCGCCGGCGCACGGCUCAGCAACGAGCUGUUCAACCAGUGGGCUCAAGCCCUGAUCAAGCCUGAUCUGUGGCACUCUGCCUCCAAGAUGACCGCCGCCUUGAGGGACUUGUGCCUCUCGGGCUGCGCCACUGAGGCCGUGCCUGCGCUCAUUGCCAUCCACAAGUACCUGGGGAACAUUGCGAACAAGUACAAUGGUCUGUCUGUUGGCAGCGAGGUGCCCAUCACGCUGCACUCUGACCUGGUGCGCCUCACCAAGCUGGCCAAGAUCGGCCAGACCAACCUGCUGGACGCCACCAAGCAGUGCUGCAGGGGGCAGGGUGCCUCCAACCCCUUCCUGCCCUUCACCACCUCCCUGGAGGAGCUCAUCAACGGCGCGGCGGUCAACGUCAGCGCCAUCGCCGAGGCACUGGUCGUCAACACGCGGCUGGCAGCCGCAGGGCUGCCUGUCAGCAAGCUGGCGGGGCGGGUCCUGGACAAUGGUGGCGUCAAGGAUUGCAAGGGCAAGUACGAGGCCAUCCUGACGGGCGACAAGCUGGACCUCACCACCGACUCGCUGGGCGCCUUUGAGGUGGCCAACCCCCAGCUGGGCCUCUACCGCUUCAGCAACGCCCUGCCGGGCAGCUCCUGCAAGGAUGCCAUCACGGGCGCGACCGUGCGGUUCCCCUUCACCAUCUACGUGCCGCCCGUCACCAGCACCGCGGUCAACCCCCUGGCGCUGCUGACUGUGCCCAUUGCGGAGGACCCCACAGUCACCCGCCUGUACAACGGCCGCCCCACAGACGGCCGCGCGCCGCACUACCUUUGGACCCACGCUUACAAGCUCUUCGGCUACGACGCCACACAGCUCGGGGUGGACUUCCUCACAUAUGUCGGCGACAACCUGACCCUGGGAAAGCCGAUUGCUGCGGCGCUCAUGGGAACCAGCAGCGAGGUCAUGGCCGUCUACUCCUCUUCCCUUGAGAUGUUUGAGCCGCUGCUGGGCAGCCAGGCCUCGCUCGACGACAUCGCGGCCUCCGUGGUCAAGGCCACCUAUUCCAGGGUCAACGCCAGCUGGGCGCAGACUGGGGACGGCAGCGCUGCGCUGAGCGAUGCUGAGGUGCUGUCGGGCCUCUACACUGACGGCUACUCCGCCGCGCUGCCCAAUGCGCGCCGCCGCAUGAUGCGGCGCCUGCACAACAGCGCGACCCAGCGCACCGCCGCCGAGCUCAAGCCACUGUUUGAUGCCGUUGCGAGGGUCAUCGCGGGCACCAACGCCCAGCUGCAGAAGAUUGUCGCCGCCGCCAAGGCCGCCCACAGGGAGGGCCGCGAGUUUGACGCGAUCAACGCGCUGGUGCGCAUCACGGCCAUCAGCGCGGUGCAGCAGAUCGACCUGGCCGCCUCCAUCAGCGCCCUGGCGGCCAGGGUGGCAGCAGACCCCAACAUUGACAUCGCCGCAGCAGCUGCCGAGCUGGAGAGGGAGUACUCUGGUGCGGCCCUCGAUCGGCGCAUCGACUCAAAGACCACCGGCAUUCCCGAGAUUGUGAAGCAGAUCACGGAGCAGCAGGCAGACCUGGGCAAGGCGCCCCUGGCUACUGAGAGCCCUGGCCGCCCCGCCGCCGCCAAGAGCACCGCCGGCGUCAUCGCUGGCGCCGUCAUCGGCGGCGUUGUCGGGCUGGCACUUGUGGCGCUGGCGCUGUUGGUGCUGAGGCGCCGCCGGCGCGCGGCGCAGCAGGGCCUCCUGUCGUUGGACGACGCCGACGCAAGCUACGACGAGGGCGACCGCCGCAGCGGCCAUCACACCGGCCCCGUCGGCGAGGCCACAGAGGACCAGCCACGCACGCCGAGGUCCGGCGCUGCGCUGCAGCGGCACGCGUCGGCGGAUGUUGUCGGCAAUGGCGCCCUUUCUAGGGGUCGCAAGUGA